AUUUCUUCAGCUUGACGGAGUGAUUCAGCCGCAGAGAAACGGAGCUCAGCUUCAUCCCUGCGCAGUUUCUGGUCCUGCCCCAGAAACCAGCGGAUCAACGCCGCAAAGGAGAUACCGGACCAGGCCGAACGGAACCGAACCCCACCAGGCUGAUCCGAACUGAGCCGAGCUGAGCCAGGCCAGAAUACAGACAGAGACAGACAGGCGGCUUCAUCUCCUCCUGCAGCCUGAGCGGAGUCUUCCUCACCGAGUCAGCAGAGAUGAGAACAUCCUGUUGGUUCCUCUUGAUUAAACUGAUCCAGGAUCAGUGAUGUGGGCUCAGUUUCUGCAGCGAUCCAAUAUGGCUGCCUCAGCGCUGACAGUGUGUGUGUUUAUCCUGCUGCUGGCUGAGAUCAGAGGUUUGCAGUUGGAGGACCAAGAGGAGAGAAUCUGUGCUUUUGCCAGCAGCCUGAAGGGGGCGGAGUCUGUUUCCACCAAUGAGCUACGAGGAGAGGUUCAGGAGAACGGCACGAUACGCUGCAGUCACGGCUCCCGCUGCUAUGGAUUGUGGGAAAGACGCGCAGACGGAGAGAUGCAGCUGCUGAACCAAGGUUGUUGGAUGUAUGUGGGCCACCACCAGGAGUGUUAUGGUGACCGCUGCGUCCUGGUGACAAUGGCUCCAUCUCAGAUGCAGAAAGCCAGCUACCAUUUCUGCUGCUGCAGCCACGACCUCUGCAACAGUAAUUAUACCGAAGCUCCGCCCACUGCUGACACGCCCAGCCUGAGGUCGAUGAGGAGGGACGACCUGAACCUCAAUCCCACAGAUCGUCAGAUGACAGCGAAGGAGACGACUCUCAUUGCCCUGGCAACUGUGGCUAUAGCAGCACUUCUCAUCAUGGCGCUGUUCCUGGGAUACCGGAUGAUGAAAAGGAAGCAUAAACACGGUCUGUCUGCUGUGAAUGCAAUGGAAGCAGCAAACUCUGACUCAGCUGUGGACCUGGACAACUUGAAACUGCUGGAGCUGAUUGGUCGAGGCCGUUAUGGAGCGGUGUAUCGUGGCUCUCUGAAUGAGCGAUGCGUUGCUGUUAAAGUUUUCAGCUCUGCUAACCGCCCAAACUUCUCCAACGAGCGCUCCAUCUACCGCCUGCCUCUGCUGCAGCAGCACGACAACAUCGCCCGCUACCUGGCCGCCGACGAGAAGACGACAGGCGACGGGCGACCAGAGUUCCUGAUCCUCAUGGAGUACUACCCACAUGGCUGUCUGUCUCAGUACCUGUCUGUGCACACGGUGGACUGGCUGACCUGCUGCAGGAUGGCCCACGGCGUCACCAGAGGACUCGCCUUCCUGCACACUGAGCUCUACAGAGGAGACCAGUACAAGCCCCCCGUGGCCCACAGAGACCUGACCAGCAGGAACGUUCUGGUCCGAUCCGAUCUGUCCUGUGUCCUCGCCGACUUUGGCUUGUCAAUGAAGCUGACUGGAACCAGAACCUGUCGGCCCGGAGAAGAUGAAACCAUGGCCAUAUCUGAGGUGGGGACGGUCCGGUACAUGUCCCCGGAGGUUCUGGGAGGAGCGCUGAACCUCAGAGACUGUGAGUCGGCUCUGAAGCAGGUGGACGUGUACGCCCUGGGUCUGCUGUACUGGGAGAGCUUCAGGAGGUGCUGCGACCUGUUCCCAGGGGAAGCCGUUCCAGAGUACCAGCUGGCGUUCCAGGUGGAAGUCGGGAAUCAUCCGAGCUUCGAAGACAUGCAGAUCCUGGUGGUCCGAGAGAAACACAGACCCAGAUUCCCAGAAGCCUGGAAGGAGAACAGCCUGGCUCUGCGGGCUCUGAAGGAGACCAUGGAGGACUGCUGGGACCAGGACGCCGAGGCUCGACUCACGGCUCAGUGUGCUGAGGAACGCCUGGCUGACCUCAUCCUCCUGAGCCCCCAUACGGCGCUGCACAACCACAGGAAUCUGACUCACAGCCGCUGGACGCCUCAGGUUGGCUCCGCCUCCUGCUACAUCGAGGAUCUCCAAGUGGGCGUGGUUAAAAAUCUCCAGGGAGACGGACACUCAGCGUCGGUUGUCAGGACAGCCAUGAGUGCAGCAGAAGUUGGAGAGAAGAACAGGAACUGCAUCAACCAGCAGCGGCAACAGAUUCAAGCUCGUUCGGCCUCCUCAGACUGCAGCAUGUCGACCUCCAGCAGCCUGAGGAGGGACUCUGUCCUUUGCAGCAUCUCUCAGCUAAACGGGGGCGCUGCACCCAGUAUUCCUGUCUGUCUGCAGCUCACAGAGGAAGACCUGGAGGCCUCCAAACUGGACCCUAAACAGGUCCAGAAAAACCUGAGAGAAACUUCUCAGGAAAACCUGAUGGAACAUUCUCAGAAGCAGUUUGGAUCAGCACCGCAAACCUCCAACCUGCAUCACAGUGUGGAGGCGACCAAUCAGGAAGCAGCAGGACCCUCCUGCUCUGUCCAGCCCCUCCCCAAGCAGCAGAACGUCCCCCAGAGGCCCACCAGCCUCCAUCUGCUCCCCAAACCCAGCGAGUCCCGGCUGAAGCUGGGAAGGCUCAGGUCCACCCACCGACAGGUGGAGACAGGUGUGGCUAAGAUGAACCAAGUUAUCCCAUCUGUGGAGGCACACCUGGUUACCACGGUUACCAACAUGAGGGGCAGCGCCGCAAACGGGACUGAGGUCCUCUGUGCCUCCAGCAGCCACAGCUCCGGCGUUCCCGUCCUGGUGACCAAUAAGACGAGAGGAGGAGGGAGAACCAACCCUGCAGGGCCGCAGGAGGAUGAGGGGGAUGAAGGACGAAGAGGAGGAGGAGGAGACGGGGACAGCCGACUGAACCUGAAUCUGAACUUCAGUCCUGAUGAACAUGAGCCUCUGCUGAAGAGAGAGCAGCUUCCUGCUGAGAGCGACCCUCCUCAUCAUCAUCAUCAUGGUCCAUCGAGUAGAGCAGGAGGACGAGGAUCCAACUCCAACAACAACAACAACCGCCUCCCGCUGGGCUCAGAGUUCCAUGUUCCUGCAGAGGUCAGUGUUCCUAAACCAGAAACAAGGAACAGUGAACCUCCUCCUGCAGGCUCAGUUAUUCUUUCUGGAUUAGAAAUGGUGUCGGUUCAUCCUGAGGACAGAAGUGAAGCCGCAGAUACUGAAACGUGUCAGAAAGACAUUAAAACUCCAGCAGAAGGAGGCCAACAGGAACAGAACUCAGUUUCAGAGGCAUCAAUAGCUCCUCUGAACCCGUCGCUGGUAGAGAUUACAGCUACAGGAGCUCCACCUCUGGACCUCUCCAACCUGGAAACUAAAGAUUUGGAUCCUGCUCCUGCAGAAAGUCUGGCAUCAGAGCCCGUAGAGCUGCAGAAUCAACAUUCAGAAGCUCAAACAGCCGGUCUGUUGCUCAGGCCGACUAAAACCAGGAGGCCGGAGCGUCCAUGUUCCCUGGACCUGUCCUCCUCCUGCAUCUCAUCAGAUGAUGUUUCUGUGAUGGAUCAUGGCAGUCUGAGCGCCACGGGUGAGAAAAUCAAGCGCCGCGUGAAGACUCCAUACACCCUGAAGAAGUGGCGUCCAGCAUCCUGGGUGGUCUCCUCAGACAGGGAUCUGGACCUGGAGUUUGAGUUCAGCAGCGGUCAGGUCCAGGUGUCGUCUGGUCCACUCAGAGCAGGAGGAGCAGCUAUGCCCAGAAUCAACCAGUCCAAGUCCAGCAUGGCCGUGUUUCUGGUCGGAGGAGGAACCACGGCGACCACGACCUCCGAGCCGGAUGGGAUGACCCAGUUCUGAGAAGCCUGCUGCACCCAGUGGAGAUGUUUCCUUUUUUUUUUUUUUUUAUAAUUUCACUUUGGUUCUUAGCAGUUAACUAUUCUGAAUACAAACAAACCAUCUGAGGUGGAACAAACCUGAUGGAACUGAUGCUGUACAUUUAGAGGGCAUUAUUUGUGAAACUCUUCAGAUAGAGAACAGGAACUAGAAUGAUCUACUCUGUGUGCUCAGCAGGGGGCGCUGUGCACUACAUCCUACAACGAAUAGGAAAAAAAGACAACAAGAUGCAGAAAGAUACAUAAAGAGAAAUCUACAGGAUUUUCUUCUGUAAUUUUUAGGCAUUUUUAUUCUCUGGAAGCAGAAACAAGUUCUUCAGAUGUUUCCCUGGAUAUCAUAUUUAACAAAAAUAGCAUCUGAGAGCAUUUUAGGAUCCUUUUGAAAGGUUAUUUUAUAGGAAAAACAUCUAAUCCUAAACCCUUGGUGCUGAUGAGACAAAAUGGAAGAGCCCUUUUUAGAUUAGCCUUCCAGCUGGUUGGUUGUGACCUGCCUGCAUUUUCCUUCUUAUGUCUGUCACCAUGGCAACACACCGGACACACAGCCGGUCAGACAUAUUUCAUUAUCUCCACCAUUAUGGACUGAAUAGUGUUCAUAAAGAUGAUUUAAACAGUUGGAUGCACUGAGAUUCACUUUCUCUGAUGUCCAACAGCA